GUGCCGACCGGCGGCGCUCCGCGCUGCCCGCUCGCUGUGUGAGCCGAGUCCCGGUGCGCACCGCGUUGAAAAGUGCCGGCGUCGGCGUCGGCUCCCGCAGAGUCUCCCGGCACGGCGGCGCUGCCGCUCCGCUCCCGCAGCCCGACAGCUGGCAGAGCUCCGCCGCGAUGUCCGCGUUCCUCCUGGUUCUCCUGGCAGCGCACUGGGGAUUAUCGCCCGUCGCGGAGGUGCUGGCAGCGGGAGCCCGCGGAGAGGAACAUCAUUUAUGUGAUGUAGGAGAGUUUCUGUGUCGUGAUCGCGUGACUUGUGUCUCCCAGCACUGGCUGUGUGAUGGAGAACCCGACUGCCCCGAUGAUUCAGAUGAGUCUGUAGACACAUGUCCCGAAGAAGCAGAUUUCAAAUGUCCUCUGAAUUACAUGACCUGCAUUGGUACAAACAAAUGUGUUCACUUGUCCCAGCUCUGCAAUGGUGUUUAUGACUGUUCUGAUGGGUACGACGAAGGAGUGCAUUGUCGGGAAUUGCUACCCAGAUGCCAGCAGAUGAAUUGUCAGUACAAAUGUGCCAUUACCAGGAAUGGCACCAAGUGUUACUGUGGAGAUGGCUAUGAAACAAGCAGUAAUGGAAGAAGCUGCACAGAUUUGAAUGAGUGUAAUACAUAUGGAAGCUGCAGCCAGAUGUGUAUAAAUACGGAUGGAUCAUACACCUGUAGCUGUGCAGAGGGUUACGUUCUUCAGCCUGAUAACAAAUCCUGCAAGGCCAAAAAUGAGCCUGCUGAUAGACCUCCUCUUCUUCUGAUUGCGAACUCUGAAACAAUAGAGGUAUUACAUCUUAAUGGAAGCAAAGUGUCUGCCAGAACUCCUAUAAAAGGAUCUUCUAUUUUGACACUAGAUUAUAGCUACAGAGAGGACACUAUCUGUUGGAUUGAAUCAAGGGAUCUUGCAAGUCAGCUGAAAUGUGCAAAGAUAACAAAAGCUGGGAAGUUAACAGACGAGUGGAUAAUAAAUGUUGUGCAGUAUCUUCACAAUGUGCAGCAAAUAGCAAUUGACUGGAUCACUGGAAAUUUUUACUUUCUGGAUCAUGUCAGUGAUAGGAUCUUCGUUUGCAACCAGAAUGGAACGGUGUGCAUUACACUCAUUGAGCUGGACCUCAGUAACCCUAAGGCCAUAGCUGUUGAUCCAACAUCAGGAAAGCUUUUCUUUACAGACUAUGGGAAUGUUGCCAAGGUUGAGAGAUGUGACAUGGAUGGAAUGAACAGAACAUGGAUAGUGGACUCUAAAAUUGAACAGCCAACUGCUCUUGCACUAGACCUCAUCAAUAAAUAUGUGUACUGGGUUGACAUUUAUCUGGAUAAUGUGGAAGUUGUUGACUAUGAAGGGAGAAAGAGGCAUACAGUCAUAAAAGGGAGACAAGUUAGGCAUCUCUGUGGUUUGACAGUAUUUGAAAACUACUUAUAUGCAGUUAAUUCAGAUAACUUCAGUAUUUGGCAAAUAAACAGAUAUAAUGGCACUGAUGCUCGGUCCCUUACCAGACUUGAAAAUGCAAAGGAGAUCCGUGUGUACCAGAAAAGAACUCAAACAUCAGUCAGAAGCCAUGCAUGUGAGGUGGACCCAUAUGGAAUGCCAGGGGGAUGUUCACACAUCUGUCUGCUCAGCAGCAACUACAAAACACGGACUUGUCGCUGCAGGACUGGCUUCAUCUUGGGAAGUGAUGGCAGGUCAUGCAAAAGACCAAAGAAUGAAUUGUUUCUUUUUUACGGGAAGGGACGCCCAGGAAUAAUACGAGGAAUGGACCUGAAUACCAAAGUAUCUGAUGAAUACAUGAUCCCUAUAGAGAACUUAGUCAAUCCUCGUGCUCUGGAUUUCCAUGCAGAAACCAAUUACAUUUACUUUGCUGAUACUACCAGUUUCCUAAUUGGUCGGCAGAAAAUUGAUGGCACAGAGAGAGAAACAAUCCUCAAAGACGAUCUUGAUAAUGUAGAAGGCAUAGCAGUGGACUGGAUUGGAAAUAAUCUUUAUUGGACAAAUGAUGGCCAUAGGAAAACAAUCGCUGUAGCCAGACUGGAAAAAGCUGCUCAGAGUCGGAAAACAUUGCUAGAAGGAGACAUGUCUCACCCCAGAGGAAUUGUUGUUGAUCCAGUCAACGGCUGGAUGUAUUGGACAGACUGGGAAGAAGAUGAAAUAGAUGACAGUGUGGGAAGAAUUGAGAAGGCAUGGAUGGAUGGCUACAGUCGGCAGAUUUUUGUAACAUCAAAGAUGCUUUGGCCGAAUGGUUUAACUCUGGACUAUCAUGCCAAUGUGUUAUACUGGUGUGAUGCCUAUUAUGAUCACAUUGAAAGAAUAUUUUUGAAUGGAACUGAAAGAAAGGUAAUCUACAGCGGAAAAGAUUUGAAUCAUCCUUUUGGAUUAUCACAUCAUGGAAAUAAUAUUUACUGGACAGACUAUAUGAAUGGAUCUAUUUUCCAGUUGGAUCUGAUCACAAGGAAUGUGACACUGUUAAGAAGUGAGAGACCACCUUUGUUUGGGCUUCAGAUAUACGACCCCCGUAAACAGCAAGGUGAUAAUGCAUGUCGUGUUAACAACGGAGGUUGCAGUACUCUCUGUUUAGCCAUUCCUGGAGGCAGAGUUUGUGCCUGUGCUGAUAAUCAGUUUUUGGAGGAAAACAGCACAACCUGCACAAUUAAACAUGGAGAAAUGCCACCACAGUUGUGCAAAGCCGAACAGUUCCAGUGUAACAAUAAGCGCUGUAUCCAUGAUCGCUGGCGCUGUGAUGGAGAUGAUGACUGUUUGGAUGGCAGUGAUGAGCAUGCUGACAUUUGCUUCAAUCAUAGUUGUCCUGAGAAUCAGUUUAAGUGCCAAAAUAAUCGCUGCAUUCCCAAGAGAUGGCUUUGUGAUGGAGCUAAUGACUGUGGUAAUAAUGAAGAUGAAUCAAAUAAAACCUGUGCAGCAAGAACGUGUCAGAUCGACCAAUUUUCUUGUGGGAAUGGACGCUGUAUUCCAACAUCUUGGCUGUGUGACAGGGAGGAUGACUGUGGAGAUCAAACUGAUGAAAUGACAUCCUGUGAAUUCCCAACAUGUGAACCACUAAUUCAAUUUGUUUGCAAAAAUGGAAGAUGCAUUAGCAGCAAAUGGCUCUGUGAUUCAGAUGAUGACUGUGGCGAUGGAAGUGAUGAAUUAGGCUGCAUCCACUCCUGUUCUGCUGAUCAGUUCAGGUGUUAUAAUGGCAGAUGUAUCCCAAGCCAUUGGGCAUGUGAUGGUGACAAUGACUGUGGAGAUUUCAGUGACGAAACCAGAACAAAUUGCACCAAGGGAGGAACUCCCACUCCUGGGCGAUGCAACGGGAAGGAAUUUCAGUGCAGUCCUGAUGGGAACUGUGUUCCUGAGCUGUGGCGCUGUGAUGGAGAAAAGGACUGUGAAGAUGGUAGUGAUGAAAAAGGCUGUAACGGAACUAUACGACUGUGUGAUGAAAAGACAAAGUUCUCCUGUGUGAGUACAGGGAGAUGCAUUAGCAAAGCGUGGCUAUGUGAUGGCGAUAUUGAUUGUGAGGAUCAGUCUGAUGAGGAUAAUUGCGAGGGCUAUAUGUGUGGACCACCAAAAUACCCUUGUGCUAAUGAUACCUCCAUCUGCCUACAGCCUGAGAAGCUCUGCAAUGGGAGAAGAGAUUGUCCUGAUGGAUCUGAUGAAGGCGAUCUUUGUGAUGAGUGUUCGCUUAACAAUGGUGGAUGUAGUCAUCAGUGUUCUGUGGUUCCUGGAGGAAGAAUUGUGUGCUCGUGCCCCGUAGGAUUCAAUCUCAGCGUAGACAACAAAACUUGUGAAAUUAUGGAUUAUUGCACCAAGCACCUUAAGUGUAGUCAAGUAUGUGAACAACAUAAAAAUAGUGUGAAAUGCUCAUGUUAUGAAGGCUGGAAGCUCAGUAAGGAUGGAGAAAAUUGUGUUAGUACUGAUCCAUUUGAAGCUUUCAUAAUUUUUUCUAUUCGACAUGAGAUCAGAAAAAUUGAUCUUCACAAACGUGACUACAGCCUUUUAGUUCCUGGUUUAAGAAAUACAAUAGCACUUGAUUUUCAUUUCAGUCAGAGUUUACUGUACUGGACAGAUGUGGUGGAGGACAAAAUUUACAGAGGCAAGCUUUCUGAUACUGGAGGUGUAAGUGCCAUUGAGGUGGUAGUACAACAUGGCCUUGCGACACCUGAAGGUCUUACUGUAGACUGGAUUGCAGGAAACAUAUACUGGAUAGACAGCAAUCUGGACCAAAUAGAAGUUGCAAAGCUAGAUGGUACUUUGAGAACAACGUUAAUAGCAGGAGCUAUGGAACAUCCAAGAGCUAUUGCUUUGGAUCCCAGAUAUGGAAUUCUAUUUUGGACAGACUGGGAUGCAAAUUUUCCUCGCAUUGAGUCCGCUUCUAUGAGCGGAGCGGAAAGAAAGAUCAUAUAUAAAGAUAUGGAUACUGGAGCUUGGCCUAAUGGCCUCACGGUGGAUCAUUUUGAGAAAAGAAUAGUAUGGACAGAUGCCAGAUCAGAUGCUAUUUAUUCUGCAUUAUAUGAUGGAACCGGCAUGAUAGAGAUUAUACGGGGUCACGAAUACCUUUCUCACCCCUUUGCUGUUUCUUUGUAUGGGAGUGAAGUAUAUUGGACAGAUUGGCGGACCAAUACACUUGCAAAAGCCAAUAAAUGGACUGGACAGAAUGUCAGCGUAAUACAAAAAACAAGUGCUCAGCCCUUUGAUCUUCAGAUAUAUCACCCAAGUCGUCAGCCACAAGCUUCAAAUCCAUGUGCUGCUAAUGAGGGCAGAGGUCCAUGUUCUCACAUGUGCCUGAUCAAUCACAACAGAAGUGCUGCAUGUGCAUGUCCACAUCUGAUGAAACUUUCUUUAGACAAGAAAACAUGUUAUGAAAGGAAGAAAUUCCUUCUUUAUGCGAGACGUUCAGAAAUAAGAGGAGUGGACAUAGACAACCCCUAUUUCAACUUCAUUACAGCCUUCACUGUUCCUGACAUUGAUGAUGUGACUGUCAUAGAUUUUGAUGCUGUUGAGGAGCGGUUGUAUUGGACUGAUGUGAAAACGCAGACCAUCAAGCGUGCCUUCAUUAAUGGCACUGGUUUAGAAACUAUUAUUUCAAGAGAUAUUCAGAGUAUCAGAGGUCUUGCAGUGGAUUGGAUAUCACGGAACUUGUACUGGAUUAGCUCAGAAUUUGAUGAAACACAAAUUAAUGUGGCACAUUUAGAUGGUUCCUUAAAAACCUCAAUCAUCCAUGGAAUUGAUAAACCCCAGUGUCUUGCAGUUCACCCAGUAAAAGGUAAGCUCUAUUGGACUGAUGGAAACACCAUUAACAUGGCUAAUAUGGACGGCAGCAACAGCAAAAUCCUCUUUCAGAAUCAAAAAGAUCCUGUUGGUUUAUCAGUAGAUUAUGUGGAGAACAAACUUUACUGGAUCAGUUCAGGAAAUGGAACCAUUAAUAGAUGCAACCUGGAUGGUGGCAGUCUUGAAGUAAUAGACUCAAUGAAAGAAGAUUUACCAAAAGCCACAGCUUUAACAAUAAUGGAUAAAAAGCUUUGGUGGGCAGACCAGAAUUUAGCUCAGAUUGGAACUUGUAACAAACGAGAUGGAAGAAACCCAACUAUCCUGCGAAACAAGACUUCAGGUGUUGUGCAUAUGAAAGUAUAUGAUAAGGCAGCACAGCAAGGUAGCAAUUCCUGUCAAUUUAAUAAUGGUGGAUGUUCCCAGCUCUGUUUACCAACAUCAGAAACCACAAGAACCUGUGUUUGUACAGUGGGCUACAACCUCCAAAAAAACCGCAUGGCAUGCAAAGGUGUAGAAUCAUUUGUUAUGUAUUCUGUUCAUGAAGGGAUUAGAGGAAUUCCUCUUGAUCCAAAUGAUAAAAUGGAAGCUUUAAUGCCUAUAUCUGGAACCUCAUUUGCAGUGGGCAUAGACUUCCAUGCAGGUAAUGAUACAAUCUAUUGGACCGACAUGGGUUUCAACAAAAUUAGCAGAUCUAAACGGGACCAAACAUGGAAAGAAGAUGUUGUUACAAAUGGCUUGGGAAGAGUUGAAGGCAUUGCAGUGGAUUGGAUAGCAGGUAACAUAUAUUGGACAGAUCAUGGCUUCAACUUAAUUGAAGUUGCCAGGCUCAACGGCUCAUUCCGAUAUGUAAUCAUAUCCCAGGGUCUGGACCAGCCAAGAUCUAUUGCAGUACACCCCGAAAAAGGGUAUUUAUUUUGGACAGAGUGGGGACAGAUUCCUUGCAUAGGAAAGGCAUAUUUAGAUGGAUCUGAGAAGGUUGUUCUUGUGAGCCUGGGGAUUGUGUGGCCUAAUGGGAUUUCCAUUGACUACGAGGAAAAUAAAUUAUAUUGGUGUGAUGCUCGUACCGACAAGAUAGAAAGAAUUGACCUUGAGAGUGGAGGGAAUCGGGAGAUUGUGCUGUCAGGGAGCAAUGUGGAUAUGUUUUCAGUUGCGGUGUUCGGAGCUUACAUCUACUGGUCUGACAGAGCACAUGCAAAUGGCUCUAUUAGAAGAGGCCACAAGAAUGAGGCCACGGAUGCUGUGACCAUGAGGACUGGCCUUGGAAUAAACCUGAAGGAAGUGAAAGUCUUUAAUAGAGCACGAGAGAAAGGUACUAAUGUUUGUGCCAAGAAUAAUGGUGGAUGUCAUCAACUCUGUCUUUAUCGAGGAAAUGCACAAAGGGCUUGUGCGUGCGCGCAUGGCUAUCUUGCAGAAGAUGGAAUUACCUGCCUAAGACAUGAAGGCUACCUCUUAUAUUCAGGAAGGACAAUAUUAAAAAGUAUACAUCUUUCAGAUGAAAACAACUUAAAUUCACCAGUAAGGCCAUAUGAAAAUCCAGAGUACUUCAAAAAUGUGAUCGCUCUUGCUUUUGACUACAGUCUCAAAGGAAGAGGUACUAAUCGGAUAUUUUUCAGUGAUGCACACUUUGGAAAUAUACAAGUUAUUAAUGACAACUGGGCUGGCAGAAAAGUGCUAAUAGAAAAUGUUGGGUCAGUGGAGGGGCUUGCUUAUCACAGAGCUUGGGACACUCUAUAUUGGACCAGUUCAACCACAUCCUCAAUCACAAGACACACUGUUGACCAGAGACGUCGAGGAGCUUUCAACCGGGAAGCAGUAAUCACAAUGUCUGAAGAUGAUCAUCCACACGUACUAGCUCUAGAUGAAUGUCAAAACUUAAUGUUUUGGACUAACUGGAAUGAGCAGCUCCCAAGCAUAAUGAGAUCUACCCUGUCAGGCAAAAAUGCGCAGGUUAUCAUUAGCGCGGAUAUUUUGACACCCAAUGGACUUACCAUUGAUCAUAGGGCGGAGAAACUUUACUUUUCAGAUGGCAGCUUGGGAAAAAUUGAGAGAUGUGAAUAUGAUGGAUCACAAAGAUACGUAAUUGUCAAAUCUGGACCGGGUACAUUUCUCAGCCUGGCUGUAUAUGAUGAUUAUAUUUUUUGGUCUGAUGGAGUGAGAAGAGCUAUUCUGCGUUCCAGUAAAUACACAGGAGGAGAUACAAAAGUUCUUCGUUCUGAUAUCCCACAUCAGCCAAUGGGCAUUAUUGCUGUUGCCAACGACACUAACAGUUGUGAAUUAUCUCCUUGUGCACAAAUGAAUGGAGGUUGUCACGAUUUAUGUCUUCUGACUCCUGAUGGACGAGUGAAUUGUUCAUGUAGAGGGGAUAGAAUACUGAUAGAUGAUAACAGAUGUGUGACUAAAAAUUCUACUUGCAACACUUAUUCUGAGUUUGAAUGUGGAAAUGGUGAAUGCAUUGAUUACCAACUAACUUGUGAUGGCAUUGCUCAUUGUAAGGACAAGUCUGAUGAGAAACUGUUUUACUGUGAAAAUAGAGGCUGUCGAAAGGGUUUCAAACCGUGUUCUAAUCGACGCUGUAUUUCGCGUAACAAAGUAUGCGAUGGUAUGAAUGACUGUGGUGACAACUCUGAUGAAUUGGAUUGUAAAGAUUCAGCAUGUGCUUCAACAGAAUUCCGUUGUGCAGAUGGGACUUGCAUUGGAAAAUCAGCACAGUGCAACCAGAUCAUUGAUUGUGCAGAUGCUUCAGAUGAAAAGAAUUGUAAUAAUACAAACUGUGCUUACUUCUAUAAACUUGGAAUUAAAUCUGCUGGAUUUAUUAGCUGUAAUUCCACUUCACUUUGUAUACUGCCAGAAUGGAUAUGUGAUGGAUCUAAUGACUGUGGAGAUUACACAGAUGAACUAAAAUGUCCAGUUCAAAACAAACCCACAUGUGAAGAAAAUUAUUUUGGUUGUCCUAGUGGAAGAUGUAUUCUGAACACCUGGCUUUGUGAUGGGCAGAAAGACUGCGAGGAUGGAGUGGAUGAAUUGCACUGUGAUUCAUCCUGCUCGUGGAAUCAGUUUGCUUGUUCUGCAGACAAGUGCAUCUCUAAGCAAUGGACUUGUGAUGGUGAGGAUGACUGUGGAAAUGGUUUAGAUGAGAGUGAUGCUAUUUGUGGUUCAGUGACGUGUGCAGCGGGGACAUUCAGUUGCCUGGGCUCCCAUGCCUGUGUUCCUCAGCACUGGCUUUGCGAUGGUGAAAGAGACUGUCCAAAUGGAAGUGAUGAACUCUCUACAGCAGGCUGUGCUCCCAAUAACACUUGUGAUGAGAAUGCUUUCACGUGCCGUAACAACAUCUGCAUUCCAAAACAGUUUGUAUGUGACCAUGAUGAUGACUGUGGAGAUGGAUCAGAUGAAUCACUGGAAUGUGGAUACCGUCGCUGUCAUCCUGGAGAGUUCACUUGUGCUGAUGGAAGAUGCUUGUUAAACUCCCAGUGGCAAUGUGAUGGGGAUUUUGACUGCCCAGACCAUUCUGAUGAAGCACCUAUAAACAAAAAAUGCAGAAGUUCAGAGCAGUCAUGUAACAGCUCUUCCUUCAUGUGCAAAAAUGGCAAGUGUAUUUCUCAGAGUAAUGUUUGUAAUAACAAAGAAGAUUGUAGCGAUGGCUCUGAUGAGAAAAGUUGCCACAUUAAUGAGUGCCUCAGCAAGAAGGUUAGUGGCUGCUCUCAGGAUUGUCAGGAUCUUCCUGUUGGAUACAAGUGCAAAUGCUGGCCUGGAUUCCAGCUGAAGGAUGAUGGCAAAACAUGUACAGAUAUUGACGAAUGUUCAUCUGGAUUUCCCUGUAGCCAGCAAUGCAUCAAUACAUAUGGAACGUACAAGUGCUUGUGUACUGAUGGGUAUGAAAUACAGCCUGAUAACCUAAAUGGCUGCAAAUCCCUUUCAGAUGAGGAACCUUUCUUAAUUCUGGCUGAUCAUCAUGAAAUAAGAAAAAUUAGCACUGAUGGAUCCAACUACACUUUGUUGAAACAGGGACUGAACAAUGUGAUUGCAAUAGACUUUGACUAUAGAGAAGAGUUCAUCUACUGGAUUGAUUCCAGCAGACCAAAUGGAAGUAGGAUAAACAGAAUGGGUUUGAAUGGAAGUGACAUCAAGGUAGUCCACAAUACAGCUGUUCCGAAUGCAUUGGCUGUCGAUUGGAUUGGAAAGAAUCUGUAUUGGUCUGAUACUGAAAAGAGAAUUAUUGAAGUAUCUAAAGUGAAUGGCUUAUACCCUACUGUCCUUGUGAGCAAAAGAGUGAAGUUUCCUAGAGAUCUCUCCUUAGAUCCACAAGCUGGAUACUUGUACUGGAUUGAUUGCUGUGAGUAUCCUCACAUUGGUCGUGUUGGUAUGGAUGGCUCCAGUCAAACUGUUGUCAUAGAAACACAAAUAUCUAGACCUAUGGCACUUACAAUAGACUAUGUCAAUCAUAGACUCUAUUGGGCUGAUGAAAAUCACAUUGAAUUUUCUGACAUGGACGGAUCUCAUAGACAUAAAGUCCCUAAUCAAGAUAUUCCAGGGGUGAUUGCACUAACAUUGUUUGAAGACUACAUCUAUUGGACAGAUGGGAAAACCAAAUCACUCAACCGUGCCCACAAAACCUCUGGAUUAGACAGACUGUUGCUAAUUAACUCCUGGCAUACCAUAACUGAUAUACAGGUGUAUCAUUCUUACAGGCAACCUGAUGUGUCUAAACAUAUGUGCACAGUAAACAAUGGUGGUUGCAGUCAUUUAUGUCUUUUAGCCCCUGGCAAGAUGCAUACAUGUGCCUGUCCCACUAACUUCUACCUUGCUGCAGAUAACAAGACAUGCUUAUCAAACUGCACUGCCAGUCAGUUCCGUUGCAAAACUGACAAAUGUAUUCCAUUCUGGUGGAAAUGUGACACUGUUGAUGACUGUGGAGAUGGCUCUGAUGAGCCUGAGGAGUGCCCUGAAUUCAGAUGUCAGCCAGGACGUUUUCAGUGUGGAACUGGACUUUGUGCCCUUCCAGCCUUCAUCUGUGAUGGAGAGAAUGAUUGUGGGGACAAUUCUGAUGAACUGAACUGUGACACACAUGUGUGUCUGUCAGGUCAGUUCAAGUGCACAAAGAGCCAGAAAUGCAUUCCGAUAAACCUGAGAUGCAAUGGACAGGAUGACUGUGGUGAUGAAGAAGACGAAAGAGAUUGUCCGGAAAACAGUUGUUCUCCAGACCACUUCCAGUGUCAAACAACAAAGCACUGCAUUUCUAAACUGUGGGUAUGUGAUGAAGACCCAGACUGUGCUGAUGGAUCGGAUGAAGCUAACUGUGACAAAAAAACUUGUGGGCCUCAUGAAUUCCAGUGCAAAAACAACAACUGUAUUCCAGAUCAUUGGAGAUGUGAUAGCCAAAACGAUUGUGGUGAUAAUUCUGAUGAAGAAAACUGUAAGCCUCAAACGUGCACUUUGAAAGACUUUCUUUGUGCAAAUGGAGACUGUGUUUCAGCAAGAUUCUGGUGUGAUGGAGACUAUGACUGUGCAGAUGGCUCAGAUGAGAGGUACUGUGAAACAGGCUGUUCAAGAGAUCAGUUCCAGUGUUCCAAUGGUCAGUGCAUAUCAGCAAAAUGGAAAUGUGAUGGUCAUGAAGACUGCAAACUUGGGGAUGAUGAGAAAAAUUGUGAACCAGCAUCUCCAACCUGCUCUGCAAGUGAGUACAUCUGUGCAAGUGGAGGCUGUAUUUCAGCGUCUUCAAAAUGUAAUGGAGAGUAUGACUGUGCUGAUGGAUCUGAUGAGAUGGAUUGUGUAACGGAAUGCAAAGAAGAUCAGUUUCGAUGCAAAAAUAAGGCCUACUGUAUCCCUGUCAGAUGGCUUUGUGAUGGAAUCCAUGACUGUGUGGAUGGUAGUGAUGAAGAAGACUGUGUCCAAGGGGGGAGUAUAUGUAGAGCUGAUGAGUUCUUGUGCAACAAUUCCCUCUGCAAACUGCAUUUUUGGGUUUGUGAUGGAGAAGAUGACUGUGGAGAUAACUCUGAUGAAGUCACUGAAAUGUGUGUUAAGUUUCCAUGCCCUCCAACAAGGCCAUACAGAUGUAGAAACAACAGGGUUUGUCUGAGACCUGAGCAGAUUUGCAAUGAGGUUGAUGACUGUGGUGAUAACUCGGAUGAAGAUCACUGUGAUAAAAUCACCUAUAAAGCAAGACCAUGUAAAAAAGAUGAAUUUACUUGUAGUGAUAAGAAAUGUAUUCCCAUGGAGCUACAGUGUGAUUGGUUUGAUGACUGUGGAGAUGGUUCAGAUGAGCAAGACUGCAAAAUAAGUGUCACAGAAUAUACAUGUGAAGAUAACGUGAAUCCUUGUGGAGAUGAUGCGUACUGUAAUCAAACAAAAUCAUCUCUACUGUGUCAGUGCAAGCCUGGAUUUCAGAGAAAUGAGAGAAAUAGACAAUGUGAAGACAUCAAUGAAUGUAUGGUAUUUGGUGCCUGUUCCCAGCACUGCAAUAAUGUUAAAGGCUCAUACAGAUGUGCAUGUGAGAAAAAUUAUAAGGAAUGGAAUAACAGUUGUAAAGCAAAAGGCUCUGAAGAACAAGUUCUCUAUGUUGCUAAUGACACUGACAUCCUGGGUUUUGCAUAUCCAUUCAACUACAGUGAUGUUCAUCAACAAAUAUCACAUAUUGAACAUAAUUCAAGGAUAACUGGAAUGGAUGCAUAUUUUCAAGGGAACAUGAUUGUUUGGAGUACUCAGUUUAAUCCUGGAGGAAUUUUCUACAAAAAACUUCAUGAUGAAGAGAAAAGGCAAAGUAACAGUGGUUUGAUAUGUCCAGAAUUUAAAAGACCUAGGGGCAUUGCUGUUGACUGGAUUGCUGGAAACAUUUACUGGACUGAUCAUUCCAGAAUGCAUUGGUUCAGCUACUACACAACACAUUGGACUAGUCUGAGAUAUUCCAUCAAUGUAGGUCAACUGAAUGGACCUAACUGUACAAGACUCCUUACAAGUAUUGCAGGAGAACCAUAUGCAAUUGCUGUAAAUCCUAAAAAGGGGAUGAUGUACUGGACAGUUAUUGGGGAUCGUUCUCACAUAGAGGAGUCAUCUAUGGAUGGUACAUUGAGAAGGAUAUUGGUUCAGAAAAAUUUACAAAGGCCUACAGGUCUUGUAGUUGAUCAGUUUAGUCAGCGUUUGUUCUGGGCUGAUUUUGAAUUGUCUGUCAUUGGCAGUGUUCUGUUUGACGGUUCUGAUUCAGUUGUGUCUGUGAGCACUAAACAAGGUUUACUGCAUCCCCAUAGAAUUGACAUUUUUGAGGACUACAUAUAUGGAGCAGGUCCUAAAAAUGGUGCAUUUAGAGUACACAAAUUUGGCAGGAGCCUUGUAGAAUAUCUAAGAGUCGAUGUUGAUAAAGCGAAAAGUGCCUUGAUCUUUCAUCGCUACAAACAAAUGGACUUGCCUAAUCCAUGCUUGGACCUGACAUGUGAAUUCAUUUGUUUACUCAACCCUUCUGGUGCAUCAUGUGCUUGUCCAGAAGGAAAAUCAUUAGUUAAUGGAACAUGCAUAGACCAGAGUCUAUUAGAUGAUACAUGCAAACUGACCUGUGAAAAUGGAGGAAAGUGCAUUAUAAACGAGAAGGGGGAUCCACGAUGUCACUGCUGGCCAAGUUACUCAGGUGAAAGGUGUGAAACCAACCACUGCUACAAUUACUGCCAGAAUGGAGGAACCUGUGGAGCCUCUCUCCUUGGGAGGCCCACCUGCAAUUGUGCACUGGGUUUUACAGGACCAAACUGCAAUCAGACAGUCUGCCAUCAUUUUUGCCAAAAUGGAGGAACCUGCAGUGUCACUGCUGGAAAUCAGCCCUUUUGCAGCUGCUUGCCUGAGUAUACAGGAGACAGAUGUCAGUACUAUGUUUGCCACCAUUAUUGUGUGAAUUCUGAAUCAUGUACUAUUUCUGAUGAUGGAAGCGUAGAAUGUGUCUGUCCAGUACGAUUUGAAGGUCCAAAAUGUGAAGUGGAUAAGUGUAUAAGAUGUCACGGGGGACACUGCAUAAUAAACAAGGAUACUAAUGACAUAGUAUGCAAUUGCACUAACGGAAAGAUUGCCUCCACAUGUCAGUUAUGUGAUGGCUACUGCUACAAUGGUGGUACAUGCCAGCUGGACCCCGACACAAACGUACCUGUCUGUCUAUGCUCUGUGGGGUUUAAAAGUCAGCGCUGUGACCAGAAAGUGAACCCUUGUGAUUACUACUGUCAGAAUGAGGGAAUUUGCACUUUAACUGCGUUUAAUGAACCGAGAUGCAAUACAAUCAAAAAUCCUUUGCCAGUGUUUUUCAUGCAAUGAAACUCCAACUAGAGCUACCAUAAAUCCAUUAGAAAGUAGAGUUCUGUCCACCACAAAUUAAAAUUUUGAAGAAUAUGGAGCGGUCUUUUGGUGAGCAUUCAUUGGACAGUUGCUACUUUUCUAUAUCAUACUUGGGUUUUAACAAUAACAUAGCUCAAAGAAAAACAUGUUGCUGCUUGUAAGGUCAUGUAAUGCAAAUACGAUUCCUCCUUUUUUUUCCAAAAUAUUGAAGACCAUACCUGAGCUCUCGAGAAGGUAACAGUCCAGGAUUUAUUGUGAAGUGUUUUAAUAGAUAAAAUAAUCUGAAAAUAAAGCAUGGAGAAUCACUCCUAUAAUUCUUAAGAAUGCGUUAACCACUUAAAAGGUAAAAGUUUUUCUUUUUAUUAAAUGGAUUUUCAUAGAUAAGAAUGAAGGAUAUAUAAUUAUUUUUAAUACUAAUUUUUAUUGCCAACAAGGGUUACUUUAUCUUUCAACUGUAGUCAAAUCUGUCAGAAAUACAACAGUAGAAUUUAAACAGUUAUUUGAAUUACGAUCUUCCUGAGCAGCAUUGAUAUUUGUUUGUGACAUUGCCCAUUCUCUCGACCUUUUGAUCUAGUUUAACUAUAUUUGGUGUCUAAAAUAGUUGUUUGGUUUUUUAGAGAGAUAUUAAAUCAUAUUUAAAUCUCUUAGUCUUUGUGUUGAUAACAUGCAUUUUAACCUCAUCAGUGGUUCUGUGUGUGGUCAGAUGCCAAAUGAACAAGUUGCUUGAUAGAGAGAUAGAGAAUUGUAAUUCCAAGUGUCUCAGUCCUUGCCAGCCACAGUUCUCACUUGGUUGUUUUCUGUAUCUUCUUUUUGUGACACAAAUUAGCUUUAAAUUGAAGCUUGUUUAUAAUUUUACCAACCUUGUACAGUCAAGUAGAAGACUUCAGGAAGGAAUGAAACAGUCCCAUACUUCACUAGAGUCACUGCGCCAUGGAACAGCAAUUUCAAAGCCUUUUUCUAUUAGUUCUGCUCCAUUAUUAGAGAAAAUAAUGUACCCAUUGAGCAUGCAUUGCUGGUCACGCUGUGUGUGACAUCUACCUGAUCUCUAAGAGACAGUUAAGGGUUUACAUUUUUCUUAACUAGUCAAGGGUGGAUGAUUUCUAGAAGGAAGAAAUUGGAAGUAGCUGAUUUUAUUUGAAUUCAGUAAGAGCUCCUCUGCCUCUUGCAGCUAAAUCAGUUGAGAAAGCAAACUUUAUGCAUAAUAAAGCCCCUAUUAUCAUUCAGUAAAUACUAGAGAGAAUAAGAUUUAUCCAUUCUUAAGCACAAUUCCAUAGAAAUAAUUAUGUAGAAAUUCCUAUAUGAACUUACUCUCCUUUUAUCAACCUUUGCUGCAAGGGUUGAUUUUUUUUUUUUUUUUUCCGGGAAUCUUCUUAUUUCAAGGCUUUUGAACUUUGAAUCCAAUAAAUAUCAGGUGCACAUGGGAAAAGACUUGUACUUUCCACUGAACAAGUUACAGAAUGUAUUAAGGCCUUAACUUGACUAUACAUCAAACUCCAGAAAAGAAAGAAUUUGUGGAGUUGGUCUCCAGCUUUAGUCAAUGCUCUACCAAGUUGCAUAGGCUGUUUUGAUUUUUGGAUGUAAAAUCCUGCCCAAUCUAAAUUAUGAAUUAUUAACAUUAUUUUUCUUUAUUAUUUAUUUUUCUGUAUUAUUUUCCUUCCUACUCAAUAGUGAAAAUUGAAAGAGAAUUUCAUAUCAAAAUGAUAAAAUUUGAGGCAUUGACUUUCUGAAAAUUUCACUCCUGCAGUUUUCCUGUACUGGCAUGAUCUUGUAUUGUAGUUACUGGUUUUGUAGCUUUUACAUAUUGUGUUUAUUUAAAGACAUCUUCUGUACUACCCUGUAAUGGUAUAUGGGGGUGAGGAGGAGGGAAAGGGGACAUGUAUAACACAAGGAGAUUAUGAGAUAUGUUGGAAUUGCUCUUUUAACUUAAUCAAUUGAAGAAAGAAUGAACUUGAGAUCAGAUGCAGAUGAGAGAUAAUCAAGAAUUUUUUUUUUUCCCAUUUAUUGUAUGAACUGUCAUUUGUAUUUUUUCUGCAGUUUACAGUCAAACCUGACAAAAAAAAAAAAUUCUAUUGAUCCUUUUCAACAUCUAUCUGAAUGGAAAGAGUUUAUAAAUGCUUUAAUAGACUUUCGAAUGACCCUGAAUUUAAUGUGACAACAGUAAGAUUAUAUUGUUAUGCUGUCUAAAUAAGAUGAUAGUCAAUUUUCCUUCUUUUACUACUGUAUGUGCAUCUUAACUUCAGAGCCCAUAUUUUUUAGGUGUCAGUCCAUAAGAAAGACAGAAAUUCAGAGGACUAUUCACAGUGUUAAAUUAGUUGCCUUGGUUAGAAGUGUUGACACUUCACAGACCUUGAGGUUGUGUUGUAUUUCUGGACUAGAAUACUGUUUUUUCUACAAUGAAGAAUAAGUCAUCCUAGACACUUUAAUUGCUUACAAUAAGUGGAUCUGUGACUUUGAGAGCAAAUUUUGUAGAGAAAUCAGUGAUCUUUCAAAUUAAUUAAAAGGCUCAUGCCAUAGAGGAGCUUGAAGGAAAGCAAAACUAUGGUAGCAGAAGAAUCUGACAAGUGAAGGAUGGAGAAAGAAGAAAUGACUUCAUUUCUAAAAUGAGAAUUUUGUGAGAGUAGUAUGUUAAAAACAGUAGUGAAAAAAUAGGGAGAGGAAAAAAAUACAUUUUUUUCAUAAACAAGGACAAGAAGCUUGAAGUGAUGAUACUGAGACAGCAAAAUAAAUACUUUCUGCAGGAACUUAAUGAAUGAGAUAUUUUGCCAACUUUAUUUUCAUUAUCUGUGUGUGUGCGUGCAUGCAUCUGAGUGUGUGUGUGUGUGUGUGUGCGUGCAUGCCUGCAUGGGUACAUUGUAUGCAAAUCUGAGUGAGCUCCUCUACCAGAGUACCUUCCAUCUAGCUCAUGUUCUGUAGAAAUACAGAUUGCUUUUCCAUCCAAAAAAUUUGUGAUGCUGUACCUCUCUUGAUUUUCCGUUCCUAUUGGAAAGACUUCAAAUGUGAGCAGUUUGUGUAUAACCUGUAGGAGCACUGUAAGUUCAUGUGUGUGCAUAAGUAAAUGUAAAACUGUAACAGAACUCUGAUAAAAAAAGGGUUACGGUAUACCCAUAAUGUGGUUGUGGACAAGAAAGACAUCUGUGAAGUCUCUCAACUGGCAUUUUCUGAAGGCUGAGUAGAAAAAGCUACUACAGCAUGGAGCAAUUAUGGCAUCAAGACGACCGCCUAAGAGAAAACGAUUUAACCAUGAUAGACAGUAUAAAUCAUAGAGCAGAAAAAUUUAUAAAAUGCCUUGCAAUAAAUGUUUUCCAUAUGCUUUCUGAGGAUAUAUUUAAUGAGCUAUCUAAUUAUAAUUACAAGGGGAAUUUCAGUGUUAUGUUAGCUCUUUGAGAGCUUUCAUUUUCAACCAAAAAAAAUAUGUAUUAUAAAUGUCUUGAAUUUGAACUUAAUCUAUAGGCUGUAACUUUAGAAUAUACAAGACUUUUUAUCCAGUUUUUAUUAUAAAUUAGCAUUAAUUUAAAAGUCUGAAUGUGAACACAUGUUUGAGAAGUGCUUAAAGAAAUGACAAGCUGUUGGUAAGGAGGAGUGUGUGUACCCUUCACUGGCCAUUUAGCAGUUAAAUUGUAAUGCAACUGUCCUUUGUCCAUGAGUUUUCAAUUGUUCUGCUGCUGUGCAUCACUGCUCAUUUACCUCUCUAAGAAGGAGAGAAAACCAUGAUUUGUCAUGUGUCUAUGGAUCAAGUCAUUUCUCAUUGUUUUAAUAUUUUUACCAUAUCAGUCUAUUCUUUUCCUUUUGCAAUUUUUGCACUUUCAUUUGAAGUAGCAGUAAUCUAAACACACAAUGUUUAUACAGUAGGUCCAUAUUAUUAAAUUUAAAACGCGUAGCAUAUGUAUUGUACACAAAUUGCUAAUUUCUUACCUUGGGAUAACAGAGGCUAAUAUGCAUCUCAAGGUUUGUUCCUGGACAGUGAAUACAAUGCACAAUUCGUGUGUUUUAGUAUCAUGUAAAAAUUAAAUUUAUUAAGGUCACAUUUUUCAUGUAUGUUAUAAUCAAAUUUAUGAUUGCUUGUGUUACUCAAAAGUAAUUUUCUGCCUACCUUUGGAUUAGGCAGUGUUUCUAUUCUUAACUGUUAAAAUGGCAAGGUAAUCUGUAUUUCUAUAUCAACCUUCACUUUGUGUCCGUUGUAAGGGAUACCAAGUGACCAAUAUACUAAAAUGUGAUCUAUUUUACAUAAAAUAGUUAUGGAAAUGUUAUUUGAGAGUUUGUCUGUGAGUAUAACUCAGUAAUACCAUCUCUCUGUGCAAAGAAUGCCUUCAUUUCAAAAGCAUUGCCAUUUUUUCUUUUUUUAAUAAGGAAUAAUUUCGUGAUUUACCUUAGUGCAAGGAUUUUUUUCAUUCUAAAUUAUCCUAUAGUUUGGGAAAAAAUGGAGAUUAUUUCCAUUUUUGUCUUUCAGUGCAUUUUAAUACAAAUAGUAAAUAACUAUAAUCCACAGUGCAUUUUAAUACAAAUAGUAAAUAACUAUAAUCCAGAUGUUCUCUGCUCUCAUCUUACAAGUAUUUGUAAUAUUAAUGAUAUUUUCCAGUGGAAUAAUAAUCUGUCCUUACAGCAGGGGAGCUGGAUACUUUCAUUAGCAUGUACUAUCUAUACCUUGACCAAAAAGGAAAGCAAAGUUAGAAAAUUACUAUAUUAGUUUUUUAAGUAAGAAACAUUCUCAAUUCCUUAUCAACCUCUAUGUUGUAAAGACUGUUUCACUGAUUCUGUUAUACUUCUAAUAUUAAUCUUUUAGUGCCGCUCUCUGUCAUGUUUUUUUGCUACACAUGAGUAUGUUGAGUUGGAAAGCAGUUCCCACAAAAAUAUACUUAACUGUAUAUUAUGCCUUCUAUAUUAUAAUUUUAUGACAAAAAAAAAAAAAAAAAAAAAAAAAAAAAAAAAACCAAGGAAAAAAUCCACAGUGUCUCAAAUUUUACCUCUUUACUAUCUUCUGUUUGUCCAGACAUUUCAUAGUCAAAUGGAUCCUUCCGGUCAAGUGCCCAUAUAAUUGAGUUUAGACCAUUUCAGUGCACUGACCUAUAAUGGUUGUAGAUAGGGGAAAGAGAUGUUUUCUUUCACAAGUAGAUUCUGUAAAGAACAGACUCUGAAGUGUAAACAUUUGAAUUCCAGAUGAUUCCCAUUACAAAUGGGGAUGCCUAUACAACAUCAGUGUAGAGUUUUUAAAACAUCUCUCUAAUACUACUUCCUUUGCAUAAAUAAUUCCUAUUGCAUAUGCUCUAUUUUUCUCAGACUGUAUGUUUCCCAAACAGCCACCUCUUUCUAAAUGUAGACCUAGACUGUAACAGAGAGCUGUAGCAUACUUUCAUUAAUGACCCUGGCAGCAGGCCAUGUGCAACCUUUGUUUAUCACAUUAACUUUGAGGAAUUACAUUGGCAUUGUCUAGGAUGUUAUUGCUCUUUGAUCUAUUCACUGAUUCCAUAGGGGACUGGGGAUUUUCACCUGUAGUACCUUGCACCACUUGGCUGAGUACAUUCUCUCCUUUGCUGUCGAGCUCCCUGCUGUUUCAUUUUGAGUUUCUCUGUAUAGCCUACAUUGGGUGUCAUCACUGUCUUUCUCUACAGUUCUUGAUAACAUGGGAGUCUUCAAUGAAACCAGUGGCUUUAUGCAAUUUUACUUUAUUAAUACC